GAGAAGAGGGAUCUUGUGCCUUGGACAUGCCAACGUCAUUAUUAGGACGCAAUCCUUUUCUCAAAAGAGCGAGGAAAGAAAAUGAAGAAAGAGUAUCUUUGGAAGUUUCCAGUUCCCCAAAACCUGUUCAAAGUAGUGAUCAGGCAACUUGCGAAAAAAAGUUCCAACAACCAACGGAACAUAACCACCUUGUGUUGACAGAACAGGAAAUCGACAAUAUACUGAACGACACAGAUCCUCCACCAGUAAACACUACCAACGAUAAUAAGUAUGCUAUCAAAACUGUGGCUAGAUUAGAGACUGUCAACCAACAAAGAUCUUCCUUGUUUUCCUUUCAACAACACACGGAAAACGAUCUGAGAAAGGUUUGGCGUGUAAAGAGGAAGGCUUCUAAAACCAAAGUGGAAACAAAGGAAAAUAGCUCAAUUCAACAAAAAGUUGGUUUUUCCGUUGAUAACCUUGGUAGCAAUCACAUUCCACUGAAAGCAGAGUUGGUAGAGGAGCCACAGAAAGAGACAACAAGUAUAAACGACGAAGGUAACUCCGAAACACCACAAAAUGGGGUUGCAGAACAGUCUACACUUUCGGAAAAGCCUUGUUUGAAAGCGAAAAGAUUCUCUCCCAGAAAACUUUCUCUUAUAAGAAACUAUAUAGAUACAUUGAAAAAGUUACAAGAUAAUCAAACCACACAUGUAGCAGAAUGGGGAAGAAAGAGAAUGAAACAAUUGAUAGAAGAACUACGAACUAAUUCACAGGAUGAUGUGCAAUCCACAGAAAAUGCAAGUCAAACUUCAUUCAGCAAUAUAGAAAAGGAUAUAGUUGAAGUUGAAAGCAUAGGCGACCUUACACAUAUUUCCAAUUGCUCAACACCCAAAGAAGAAAAUUCUUCCAACAUCGAUAAUACCAUCUUUUCAAGUUAUUCUUCUCUAUUGGACAAAGAAGGAAACAAUUCAUCCAACAUUUGCAACAAAGAAACCGAUACGUUGGAAACAUCUUUUGCUGACUUGGAUGCCAAUACUAUUGAGAAAAUAGCCUAUUUUCUACAACAACAAGAACAUUCUCUCAGGUAUCUCAGAACACAACAUGUUACUCAAAGGAGACUUCUCAAAGCAUUUUUGGAAGAUGCUUCUGAGGAAAAGUUGGAAAGUGAUUUCUUUGUUCAACAUAUUCAUCAAUUUAUCUCAUUAUCUUACUUGCCUAAUAAUAAUACAGUGGACUCCCAAGUUCAGAUGGAGUCUUCCAUCCAGUUAGGAGGGUCUUCCAUUUCGUGGUCCGGUUCUUAUGAUUUUGCUUUACAUGCAAUGAAAGAAUAUAUAUUGGAAUAUCCAGCAGUUUUUGAAGUGUCCUUUCCACAAGGUCGUAAACAACAAGUCGCACAAAGAGCUUUGUUUAGUUAUUUGGCUUUUAAUCCUUUGGCAAAUGGCAUCGGAGCAAGACAAAAGGUAGUUGAAUACUAUCGAAAAUAUCAAUCGAUGCGACAACAAACGGAAAAUGGGAAUGGCAGUAUUCGGAUUGAACGUCUGUUGGAACAAGCAAUGGAACAGCGCUCCUCAAGUCAUAAGAAACAACCCAUCUUUAUUCCUUACGCAAAGGAUAGAAUACCCUUUGAUAAGGAACCCGUUGCAAAGGAGUGGUGUAUCAAAGUCUUGAUGGAUAAGAGAAAGCCCGAACAUGAGAUUCCAUCGGUUUCCUAUUUGAGUGAAUUGGUGGAAAAUGCCAAACAGCAUUCUCCUCAUAUGUACAGUUGGUAUGAAGACUUUCAUUGUCUUAUUCAUGAAUGCUGUGUGAAAGACAUGUCUGAAACUCAACUCUUUCUUUCUUGCUUGGCUACUUGUUCACCCAAUUCUUCACUUGCACAAAACACGGUCAAUGCGAUGUUGAAUUUUCGAGCUCUAAGCCAAGGCAAACGUCCACGUUGGGGACCUUAUCCGAUGCGAAGUUUGAUCAACUACUUGGCAGGAGCAUUGGGAAGACCAUCGGGACAUAAAGUUCGAGCUUUCUUGGAAAAUUUAUUAUUUCCAUUGCAAAGCAAAAGUGUAACUAUCGACACACAUAUGCAGAAGAUUGCAUUGGGAACAGGUCGUCAAAGUCUUUCUCCCUUGGAAUAUGCUGUUUUAGAGGAUUACUUUCGAUUUGUGUCGGACAAAAUGUCUGAAGCAUUACCCCAUCGUCUUCAAUCCUCUUUAUGGUCAGUCGUAGCUGGAAAUAUGGAUUACUGUUCCGAAUUAGAAAACUAUCGAAAGAGAGUUAUUUUGAAUCUACCAAAGGAAAUGGAUUCUUCAGCACGAGACAUUUUAUUGCUUCAUUUACGUCGAAUGCUUUUAGAGUUGGGUUAUUUAUCGAGAAAAGAUUGCGAUACUGCCAAAGAUAACGCAACGAUUACAUUUUGGAUAUAUGUUCCUUUGAGAAAGGAAACAGUGAAAAGUUUAAAAGGUCACAUUGCAUUGCGACGUACGUUUGCAAAGAAGCAGCAACGGCAACUUCUUGCUCAAGAAGAACAAGAGAUAGCUGAAUAUGAAAGAGCCAUUGAAUAUUGUAUGUCAAAAGGAGAAGAAGAAGUGAAGAUUGACAAUCCAUCCGAUUUGAAAUGGUUUUAUCGAGACUGGUGUCAAAUUCAGUCUUAUUGUGAACCUGGUAAGUUGCAUUGGAAUGAAACCAGUUGGUUGGAUGGCAUAACAGAUGAGAAUAUUAUUUCUCUCAAAGACGAUUGGUUGGACCACGAAGAUCCUUAUUUUGGUUCUCACCAAUAUUUUGAUUCUUGUCGCGACUUGCAAAUCAUUUUGCAACGCAAUGGAUUAUGGAAAUGAUUUUGAAUUGGAUUGUGUGGAGCUGA